AUGGCUCCGCCUCCGGCGCUUGAGGCGCCUAACGUGGAUGACGACGACGUGCCUGAGGUCACUGGGGUGGAACUAAGGGUGGCGGUGUUACGGCUUAAAGCCAAAAACACCGCCCCGGGACCCGAUGGCAUUCCUGGCCGAGCGUGGGUCCUGGCCUUAGUCGACGAGGCUCUCGAGCCCCGACUGCGAGGGUUCUUCAGCGCAUGCCUCGAGCGGGGCCAGUUUCCGAAAUUGUGGAGGACGGGGAAACUGGUCCUCAUCCGAAAGGAGGGGUGCCCGGCGGACUCACCGUCCGCCUACCGGCCCAUAGUGUUGCUUGACGAGGUGUGCAAGCUCUUUGAAAGAGUGAUUGCAAGGCGCCUCGUCAAGCAUCUCGUGAUGGUUGGGCCGGAUCUGGCGGACAACCAGUACGGUUUCCGUCAGGGGCGCUCCACCGUGGAUGCGAUCAUGCGCGUGAAGGCUCUGGCGAAGGAAGCAGUCUCCCGGGGUGAAGUGGUGUUGGCGGUGUCCUUGGACAUCGCCAACGCGUUCAACACUAUGCCCUGGAGCUGCAUCAGGGAGGCGCUCGUGUAUCACGAAGUGCCUCUCUACCUCCGCCGCAUAGUCGGGGCAUAUUUGUCGGAGAGAGCCGUCGUCUACCCCAGUAGGACCGGUCUCGGUAAGCGUGAAAUGUCGUGCGGUGUUCCGCAGGGGUCGGUGUUAGGGCCACUCUUGUGGAACAUCGGCUACGACUGGGUGCUUCGUGGUGCCUUCUUGGAUGGUGUCGCCGUCGUGUGCUACGCGGACGACACACUCGUGACGGCGCGCGGCAAGACGCACCACGAGGCAACCCUGAGGGCCACGGCGGGGGUUGCCCAAGUCGUUGAGCGUAUCCGGCGGCUGGGUCUCGAGGUGGCUCUGCACAAGUCCGAGGCCCUGUUCUUCCACGGGCUUCGGAGGAAGCCGCCUGAGGGAUCUAGCCUCACGGUAGGAGGCAUUCGCAUCGGCAUCGAGCCCUCGAUCAGGUAUCUGGGGCUCGUACUCGAUGGCCGAUGGGACUUCGGAUAUCAUUUCCGAGGUCUGGUCCCCAAGUUGGUUGGGGCAGCGCGUGCGUUGGCGCGGCUGCUGCCCAACAUGAAGGGACCCGAUGACUCCUGCAGGAGACUCUACUCGGGGGUUGUGCGGUCCAUGGCCCUUUACGGGUGCCCGGUAUGGGCGGGGGCCCUGAAGGCCAGCAACGUCGCGAUACUGCGACGACCGCAGCGAAUGCUGGCCAUCAGGAUCAUAAGGGGGUACCGCACGAUCUCCUUUGAGGCAGCGAGUCUCCUGGCCGGAACUCCACCGUGGGACCUGGAGGCGAGAGCCCUUGCGGCACUGUAUCAGUGGCGCAAGGAGGCGCAGGAGUUGGGUCGAUGCCCCGAGAUUCGAGAAAUCGAUGACCGGAAAUCCCAACUCCGCCAGGUCAUCAUAGGGGAGUGGAGGGAACGACUCGGGCAACCGAGCGCUGGGCACGCCGUCAUUGCGGCGGUAAGACCCGUUAUGGAGGAUUGGCUCGAGAGGCGUCACGGGACCCUCUCAUACCGAUUGACGCAGGUGAUCACUGGGAAGGGAUGUUUCGGAGAUCACCUGUGUCUGAUCCGCAAGGAGCCAACGCCUGAGUGCCACCACUGCGAUGGCCAGACCGUGGACACGGCUCUCCACACGCUGGCAGAGUGCCCGGCGUGGGUUGAGCAGAGGCGAGACCUCGUGGCGGCCAUCGGAGUGGGAGUUCUCUCGCUCGAUAGCCUGAUUGCGGCUAUCGUGCGGAGCGAGAGUGCGUGGAACUCGGGGCACCAGGGCCUUCCUUUCUAG